ACACAACUCUGAACAUUCGGUAUACAGUGGUCUCACAGCUAGGGAGUGCCAUCGACGAACAAUUUCACUUGUCAUUCAGUAUCUACCUGGACAUCGGACACAUUCGUGUUUUAAAGCGUCUUUCGUUGAGGAUUUUGAGAAUCUAAACGCUGUGCUCUGCUGUGGAGAUCUGCGGAUAUUUUACAUGCAGUGACUUUUCCGAUAUAGUAUUUGCAACUAUGUUUCAUUCUUACUGCCGCGGCAAAGUAAAAGGCAACAGUGUUACUGUAGUUUGAUCAGCGGAACAUUCGCAAGCUAAAUUGUUGCAAUUCAGGGAAAGUCUGUCUACUGUACACAUUGUUGUGUACCAGAUAUAUUUGUAACAUUUUUGGUCAGUACUUAUUCAACUUGCUGCAAUAUCUUUUGGCCACUUGUUUUCUGUACGCAGACAGCUAAAUAUGGAAUCAACUAAACUUGGGGGCGUUAUAGCCUACAUUCGUUCCUCUGGUUCUUCUCUCUGCCCUGAGGCUUGCUUGAGUGACAGCUCCAGCAGCAGCACAGGCAGCAGUAGCAACAGCAGCAGCCCAUCGUCCUCCCCCUCUCUCUCGUCGAUGCCCGGACGGGGGGGACCCUCCAAGCAUGCCCAGUCCCGAAGCCCCACCUCUGAGAAGACAGGGGCACACCCCUCCACUGCCAAGAGCGGCAUAACAAAGCUCAAUGGUAUGGUUUUGCUAUGCAAAGUGUGUGGAGACGUGGCCUCAGGAUUUCACUAUGGAGUGCAUGCCUGUGAAGGCUGCAAGGGCUUCUUCAGAAGGAGCAUCCAGCAGAACAUUCAGUAUAAGAAGUGUCUGAAGGCCGAGAGCUGCACCAUCGUGCGCAUCAACCGCAACCGCUGCCAACAGUGCAGGUUUAAGAAGUGCUUAUCAGUUGGCAUGUCAAGAGAUGCUGUCCGAUUUGGCCGCAUCCCCAAACGGGAAAAGCAGCGCAUGCUCCUGGAGAUGCAGAACGCCAUGAACAACAUGAUGACAAACAGCCAGCUGCACCACAUGCUCCACGGCACCCAGGCGACGUCCUGCCCGACGGAGCCCAUCCCCAUCCCCAGCACCACCUCACGGCCCUCUCCCUCUCCCUCUGCCUCCUCCUCCUCCUCACCCUCUUCCUCGGCGUCCUCCUCCUCAUCGGCCCCUUCUUCGCCGCAGAGUGUGUCUGCUGACUCCGAGUCCAAUGUUCCCAUGGACACCUCCCUGAGCUCUGCGUCCUCCUGCGCGUCAGACAGCGGCGAGGAGGACGCCGUCACCGGCGGCAACAGCGGCAGCGCGGCGCCUCAGGAUGGCAUGUUUGCCUUCGAGCAGGAGAGGCCAGCUGGCUCGUCCGUCUCCCCCGCCCGAGGCUCCCCGUCGCUGGGGCUAGCCGAGCAGCUGAGCCAGAGCAGCAUGGAGGAGACCUCCGAGUACGCGAGCCGCUGCCAGGACAACGUGGCGGCCACCUCGCCCAAGAGCUAUCAACCCGUCUACCACACGCAGCUUCCUCAGAGCUGGGCCUACAGAGAAGAGAGGACCCACUCAGCCUUGCAGCAGCAGCAGCUCAACAGCGCCCCCAGUGGCACAUAUGCAGCCAACACCCAGAGCUCUUAUCACUAUAGCCACAGCGUGAACGGGCACGCACCACCUAUGAGGCAUCUGGUAUGCCCCAUGAACACCUCCCCCGUGGUGGACCCACGCCUGCCCAGUCAUGAAGUCUGGGAGGAAUUUUCCAUGAGUUUCACCCCCGCUGUGAAGGAGGUGGUGGAAUUUGCCAAGCGAAUUCCAGGAUUCCAGGACCUAUCACAGCAUGACCAAGUCAGCCUUCUUAAGGCCGGCACCUUUGAGGUGCUUAUGGUGCGCUUCGCCUCGCUGUUCGACAUUAAUGAACGCACCGUGACUUUCAUGAGUGGCCGGAAGUAUAGCCUGGAGGCUCUGCGCUCCAUGGGCGCUGGCGAGCUCCUCAACUCCAUGUUCGAGUUCAGUGAGAAGCUACUGUCGCUGCAUCUGAGCGAGGACGAGAUGAGCCUCUUCACCGCCGUGGUGCUAGUGUCGGCAGAUCGUUCAGGCAUUGAGGAUAUGAACUCUGUGGAGGUGCUCCAGGACAACCUCAUCCGAGCACUUAGAGGUCUGAUCACAAAGAACCACGCCAACGAGGCUGCAGUCUUCACCAAGCUACUCCUCAAACUGCCUGACCUCCGUUCGCUCAACAACUUGCACUCCGAGGCACUCUUGGCCUUUAAGGUCCACCCAUGAACCAGGAAGCGCUUUGUCUUCUCAAACGACCAACUUUGGAGGGUUUAAAAUGUCACUGUAGAAUGUAUGUAAAGUUGUUUUUUUUUAUUGUUUUGGGGAGGUGUCUGAAAAACAUGUUGAAGAUGUUUAAAAACAGAUUGACUGCCAUUACAUACAUGCAGGUAUUUGUGUGAAACCUUUGUGGAUUUUUGAAGAUUUGGAGGUAUCAUACAGAUUGAAAAUAUGUAUUCAUGGAUCAUUUCUGUGAUCCAAAGAACCACUUAAUUAUUUUUUUUGGAUACUUUGCACUUGUAAUUCUCAAGUGGUGUAAAUCAUAAACAUAAGGUAUGCUAACGUAUAUUCUUAUGCCUGCUGAUCUUCCUUGUAGUUUCUUAAAACACUACAUCUUGAGGAGAACUAUCAAGGACUUGCAUAAGAUCCUGUUGUGGGAAAUGCAUGACUAUCUAUUUAAGAACCUUGAUGUCAGUCUAUCCUUCAGAAACACAAGGACAGUUUUUUUUUUCUUUCUCUCAGAAAAAAAUAUUUAAAUUUAAGUUCACUUGAGAAUUAUGAUAAUAUGUAGUUUUGUUGGUCAGAAUGUAUGGCUACAUUAGUGCUAGCUAGCAGUCAGAAUGCACAUACGCUUUGCUUUACCUUAUCUCCUGUUUGAUUUGUUACGUUGUAGUAGUACUACUUGUUUGCACACAGUAUCGCUGCCCAUCAGAAGCAGCAAGCACACAACAUUUUCACAGAGCCUAUAUUUUGCCUGGACCUAAUUAUGGACCUAAUUAUGGGACCAUCGUCAUUCAAGUCUACAAAUAUGAUUUGGUCUAGAGACAAUUCUCUUGAGAAGGCAAAUAAGCAUAGUCAACAAAGAAAAAUAGUGAGCAUUUGUUACUGCCAUUGUAAUACAGAACCAAUUUAUACAUGUUAACUUCCUUGUACUUCCAGUAUCCAAACCUGACUAAGAAAUCAGGUACAACCUUCAUGUACCUCGCACAGAUGAAAAGCAAAAGGGAAAGAGCAAUGCAAGUGAAAGUUUACCCAGAAGUCUGUAGAAGGCCUUAAGGCCUCGUGUCUGCAUGUGGACAUGGGGUGUGCUAUUCUUCUGUUGUUCAUUUUGUUGUCGCUUAUUGUUUGUGUUUUCUUUUCUGUGAACAGAACAGUGAGACAUUUUAAAAUCCCAAUGCCAGGGGUUAGUGUGCUUUCUGUGUCUGCUGUUCUGGAAUUCUAUGCAGAGGAAGCAGCUGGACGGUGUGAUUCGCAGAGCUUGAUUCAGCUCUGAUUUACACAACUUAUGUCCAUAUCUGUUUUGUCCUUUGUUCUGCUUUUCUUCGUAAAUGAGUUCAGUAUGUAUAGUUGUGUAUAUCUAUUGAAGAUGUAUCUAUAUAAAUAGUAUAUCAAUAAAUAUAUACAUAUAGUAUA